UCCAAGUUCUGGGCCGUGAUAAUUGGCAUUGAUGCGUAUAAACCAUAUACGUUACGUGGCUGCGUAUCAGAUGCAUUAUUAGUUGAGAGAUAUUUGAAGGAGGACCUUGGCGUACCUCAAGAACGAAUCCAGCUACUUCUCGGCUCACAACACGCUUCAUCGGAAGAUCCAUCCUUCCCCUCCCGUGCCAAUAUCAUCAGCACGCUUCUAAGCCUCAUCGAUAACCCUCAAAUCGAAUUUAGUGACAAUAUCAUCAUCUACUUUUCUGGGCACGGCUCGAGUUAUUCCCCAAGCGACUAUUACUAUUCAGCUGGGGACUACGAGUUUCCUGGUUCAGUGGACGAAUCCAUCGAGGUCAUAUGCCCCAUCGAUCGAGAUACCGUCGACGCCAGCGGGUUACGAGUUCCCGACAUCAGCGACCGAGAGAUCAAUGCCAUCUUUCAGCAGAUCUCUCGCAGCAAGGGUCACCACAUCACGUUCAUCCUUGAUGCCUGC